AUGUUGAUGACCGAAUUGACAAAGAACGAAUCAAAAUGGUCGGCAUCAGGUGGUUAUUGUAAAUUGCUCGAACUAGACGACUUAGCUAUAAGAUGGUAUGCAGACAGUAAGUCGCUUACAGUAAAUGGGAAGUUGAGCGACGAUAUUAAAUCCGAGCUUCGAAAUAUUGCCGGCCUAGCACGUCCUGCAGUUGAAGUAACAAGUAAUAACUAUAAAGAAGCCGAACAUGCGGCAAUAAAUACGGGACGCAUGGAUGCACCUGAUAGUGUAGCUGUAGCUGUGCUUAUAUUAAUGCCGAUAUGGAGGGUAUUAAAUUAG